ACCAUUCUCCUAUUGAUGGAGAAUUGGGUUAUUUCUAAUUACUUAUUGUUAUAAAAAUGCUGGUUACCAUACUAACAUUUUUCUACUUAAAAUUUUUAAAGCCUUGCCUCUACCUUUGCUUGAGAAAGUUAUUGCUGUUGAUAUUUUCCCACACUCAUUGUCAUUUGAGACUUGAAUAACCACUUUCAAGAUCCUCUUUUGGUAUGUGAUUACUACCAUACAUGUGAUCAACCCACAUCAUUUUCCUAUUAGUUUGGUUCAGUCCUAGGGUAUGAAUGGAAAGCAGAACUAUUUCGUGUGGUUAAAGCUAUAUUUCUGAGGCAUAAGCAAAAGCUGAGAAACAAAGGAGUCAAAAGUGAUUUGUCUCAUUUUGGGACUAUUGGAAUCUCAGAAGAUUGAACCUUUAGGGCAUCUUGACAUCUGAAAAAGGAAUAUACUGCAUUCUUCUGUUUAGAAACUUUGUCUAACAAAAUGCUAGCAGAAGCCUUUCUAAUUGAACUCUCAUACAAAGAACAGAAAUAUACAAAAUUCUGCAAACCACUUACAUGUAAGAAGACCUCAAAUGAUAAAAAGGAAACAUGGAAAAAGCAGCUUUUAGAUAUAAAAGACAAUUCACUUUCUCUUGCUAAGAUGGAAUAUCAAGAAAAAGUUAUGAAAGAAAGUUUAACAGAACAAUGUAACGAUACAAAUACAAUAAAAUCUGUGGAUAAGAAAACUGUAGAGAAAUGCAAAUGUGUACAUCUUUCAGGAAAUGUGUCAUUGCCUAUUCCAAAAAGAGAAGGAAAUGAUGAAAGACAAUUGGAUCUGUAUCGAUCCUGGUCAUGUACAAGUAUUUGCCAGAAUUAUCCUGACCUACAAAUUGGAGGUGACCACGUGGGAAAUAUGUAUGAUUCGGGCUGCUUUGUGGAACACACACAAGAAGAUGCUGUUAACGGUCCUCUUUUACUUUCAGUGGAUAUACCAUUGGGUUGUUCUCCUGUCACUGAGCCUCUAGAGAAACUACCUGUCUCAAAGCUCAUGGAUGGGGAUGAAAUCCGAGAAAAAAGUAUGGUGUCUCAUAAGCAACCCCUCUCUAAUUCUAUGCUUAAUAAUUAUAUGGAAAAAAAGGUGGAUGAACUCUACAAACAAUUUUUGGAAGAAAAUCUCACUCGGUGCCACUCCAUAAGCAAUCUUAUGGCUUCCAAUUUGUUAAUGAAUAAUGUAAAUCAAAUUAGCCUUCAAAUUUCUCAAGAGCAGAAUAUAGAUCCAUUGAAAGUUCGGGAAACUCUUCUACAUUCUUUAGCGCUAUGUAAUCUGCAUAAUGUUUCCCAUGAAAACAGUUCUGAAUUCAGCACUCCUAAUUUACAAAUAUCAAACCAGACAAGUAGAGAACUUGUAACACAUCUACAGUAGGAACCAAUUCUUGGUUAGGGCUGACUUUGCCUGGCUUAUCAUGUCGUAUCAGACCUCCUUUUGCUUGAGAAGUUUCUUUUUAUUUACAACAUACAGGAUCUUUUACACUGACAAUCAGAAUAGCCUAUGGGAACUUAUUAUACAUGUUUCAAGAUUGGGUGUGAGAGCAUAUCCAAGGGAAUAACUUAAACAAAAGCUGGAUUUAAACGAUGUUUAAAAAAAUGUGGAGAGGGGCUAAAGGAAACGUGGAGAAUUUGCCAGUUUCAUUUGCAUUGAAAUUUGAUGUUUCUGAACUCUCCUGGGACAAGUAUCAACUGUGUUAUAUCAUUGUGUUAUUCUGGGUUUAUUUCAGGGUUGGGAGGAAGAAAAAAAUACAGAUAAAAUGAACAAAGUGCAUAUAGAACCAUCGUGUAGAAAUGAAGAGGCUGUCUUGGCAACUUGGUAUACUCAGAUUAUCCCUAAUCAUGAUUCUGGUUUAGGAUAAAAGUCGGCAGGAUAUUAUGGAAAUUUUGGAAUAUAAAUUAAAUAACUCAAUAAAACAUUGCUAAAAGAAUGGUAUAGUUUAUUGCAGACUUGGAAAUAAGACCAUACAGUUAACAGCUCACACUUUUUCUAGAAAUAAUAAAAUGAUUGACGUGUACUUUUACUUGUAAAAUAAAAUUGUAUGAAUUUCUGUUAUGGAAUUGUUAUUAUUGCAUUAUAUAUUGAUAAGAUUUGUGCAUUAGUAGUCACAUGUUUCCCUCCAAUGAUCUGUUUGAUCUUUGACAAAAUUUUAUAAAGUCAUCUCAAUGUCCUCACAGCUUAUUCUUGUUGAUCAUCACAAUUCUUCGUUUAUUUUCACCCUCUUCAAAUUUUUAUGAUCUAAUAGUAAGUACUCCAGAUUUAUUUUCUAUUCUCCUCUACAUCACUUUUUUCCCCACUAUCCUCUCCUAUAACACCCCCAAUCCACUUCCAUCAUUCAGAAUUUUAAUGCUGAACAAUGGGUAAGUGUUUUGGAACAACUGACUUAGUGUCUUGUACAUACUGACAGUUGUGUGUACAUUGACUUUUAUAUUGUUAAAUUUGUACAUUUUUAAUACAAUAAUUACUAAAAUGAUAAAAUAUUGAUGUUAAACUUUAUCUUUUCUAAAGUGAAUUAAAUGCCAUUGGGCAACAUUACUGCUGUUAAUAGUUUUCUUAGGUAUAGUAAUAUGUAUCAAUUAUUUUUGAAGCAGAAAUAUUCAUAAAUAAUGUGAUGACUGCAUAGUAUUAAAUAAAACUCUGAAGUAUUUAGCUAGUAUCAAAUUUAGAGAUACAUUUGAUGAUACUCUCAGAUUUCAUUUGUCCCUCUUGUUCAUGUCAUCAAAGCUCUUAUUAUUUAAAGAUACUUAAGGUUAAAAUGGCUUUAUAAUUUAAUCCAAUAUUUAAAUAAGGAAAGAUGACGAAUUCUGUCUUAUUUUUUCAUGCUAACCUCAUACCUGCUAACUUCAACUCUUUGACUAAGAUAGGAGUAUGAGGUUGUGAUUUAGUAUAUUUUGUCCUUAAGUAGUUAUUCUUCAUUCCAUUUUUCAUCAUGGGUAUCACUUAUGUGACUAGUAAUACUCUUUUAAAAUGCUAUUUGAAGUGCAUGGAAUAACAAAUUUCAUUAUGCCCCACUUUUUCAGGAGUUGAAAGUAAUAGUUUUGUGCUUCUAUGAAAAUGGAGAGUAUUAAUGAUUCAGCAAUUAGAGAAGAUCAUCAUGUUGCUUGGCAGGGUGUAAGGCAUUCAGGAGGUUAAGAAUGAUAGCCAACACAGUGCUACUCCCCCACUUGCAUAGGUCAGUCUAAUGUAUAUCACAUCUUCAGAUUUCAGGUCACUAUUGGAGGGACUAGGGUGGGUUUGACCCAGUCUCUGGUAACUUUCCGUCAGGAGUGUCCUUGACAAAUGGAAAGCGAUUCAAGAGAUAAGAGUCUAUACUAAACUCCUAGGAUUUUUCAGGCUUGAUUUGAAUCAUGGAUUAGUCCCCAAAAGAAGCCAGUCUCCCUGAGGUUCUUGAGACUGGAGAUAACACUGAGCUGGUCCAUUAAAGAUUGUAACAGACGUUCUGACUUUUUCCAUUAUUACCCUUAAUAUUUGGGUUUUAUAAAACUGGUUUUAGGAAGUGGAGAAACAAAGUUAAUAGCUUCCUAGGGAUCUUUUUUCCCAUGUGAUUUCCCUCUGUGGGACUGAUUUGGGAGCAGGGGAAGAGUUGAUCUUUAUAUGUGUAUAUUUAUCUUCAAAUGCAGUGACUUUAUUGUCCUUUUUAGGUGGUAAAUGUGGCUAGUAUAGCCUUCAUAGAUAAUAUAUGCUUGAAUGAGUGUGGAGGAGUGGCUUGAUGAGGAUUAGUAGGUGAAAUAAUUGUACAAUUAAGCAGGCAUUUGUUUUCAGUCAGUACCAGAAGGAAAGAAAUUAAUAAGUUUAAAUCAACAAAUAACCAUUAAGUCAAGUUAAAAAUGAUUUAAUGUUUUUGUGACUUGUCAUGUGCAUGGAAAAUUAGCAAAUUAGCUAUAUAUGUGUGAAAAUCCAUAAAAAAUAAUAUUUGAGUGCAAAAAAAAUGACAAAAAUGUUUUCAUGAUGUUAAAAUUCCUAAUAUAAUAAAGGUAACUGUUCUUCUGGAAAAUGCUUUGGGGCAAUUUAGGACUUUUGAUCCUUAAUGAUGUUUGCUUUUCUUUUUCUCAAAGCCUAGUAGAAAUUUGUAAAAAUGGCCUUGAUAUUAUAAGGCUAUUAGUUGGUUUAGUUUUUAUUACAGUGUAAAUGCACAACGUCACUUUUUGCUGUUUUAGGAAAUAGCCUUUAGAUGACUAUAUUUGAGAACAUUUCUAUAAAAAUGAUGAGAACCAAAUUAAGGUGUAUUAACUUCAGUUAAAAAAAUACUGAAUCAUUGUUAUGGACAGUUACUUUUUGAAUUGUUCUGCUAUUUUAACUAAAGCUGAGAAAUUUGUAGCUUACAGAAUUGCAAUAUAGUUCUGGUUUUUACUUCCCCAAAUGAAUAGAGACAUUUUAUCUUGAGAAACAUGAAUUGUCAUAAGACCUUGGUCUUGUAAGAGAGUGACUGUAGUAGGUAGGCAAUUUCCUGAAAUUUGUUCCUCUCUACAACUGAAAGCAGGACCCAUUUCUAAAUGGACUUUGAGUAGAAUUAUAAAAGUUUAAGGGAAACUCAGGAACCCAGAGACUUUUAUGAUUCUGUCCCUGUCCUUUAAGUAUUCACCUCUACUUUGGACAAGCCAUGUGAUUCUAUAAUUGUAGAACACUCUAGUAUGCUUCUCCUUAGGAGAAACUUAGGAAUUGAUAUCUAAGCAUUCUAAUGAUAUGGGACCAACUGGAGCCGGGAGCAGACCUCCAAAGCCAGAUCAUGACCAGAAUGAGUGCUUGGAGCAUUCUGUCAUCCAGUUAGAAAUAUCCUCAGGACACCUCCAAGUCUAGGAGAAACUGUUGGACUCUUUGUUAAUUCACUAAACAAAUAUUUCUUGAACAUUGCACUAGGUGAUAGGGAUAAAUGGUAAACAAAACUGAUGUAGUUCCUGUCUUUUACUGAGCUUUCAGUCUGGCUGAUGUAGGAUCAUGAAAGGUAUAAGCAUGCACAGGAAAUAAACUACACUGGUAGUUCUGCCUACUUGGGCUGUUCAUAAUCUAGUCUGAAUCUUGUAUCCAGGACUGAUAUUUAGCUGAUAAUCACCAGUGUGGCUGUACUGGUAAUUAAACAUAUUGAAAUAUUUUUAUGUUCAAGUUCUCCCACUA